GAGAGACCCCGACCGACCAUCAGCGGGCUUCAUCAGUCGCAGGGUUAUAUAUGUGUCCACACGUCAGACGCAGAGAAGGUGACGUCCAUCUGAACCUGAACGUUUCGCUUAUAUAGGACACAAAUCGCGUUAUACAAGUGUAACGUUACCUGUUUCACGUGGGGAAAGCUGCGGGAAAGAUUUUUUUUUUUAAGUUUUCAUUUUUAUACGGGAUUCAGACUUGUGAGGGAAACAACUCAAGAGAAUCGUGUGCAUAAAGGAGAUAAAUGUCAUUUUCAUCUGAGAUAAAGAGAAACUCGAGCGAACGUGAACGCGCAAAACCUUCAGAAACUGUUGGGCAAGACUACAAUCCAGAGUCACCUACAAGUAUUAUAUGUUCAUUGAUUCCCUCACAGUCCAACUCUUUUUCAUUGUCCAUUUCCAUGGGAUUUGUCUAUGGGAGACCUCCUGCAAGACCCCUUCCUCGUUUCUGUUCACAUCAUAACAAAUCCAGGUCAGGCGAAAACACUACAAUGUGCAGCUGACCGACUCCUCUCCCUCCUCCAUCCACAACUGACCCUCUUCAGAGUGUCAGAGCGAGCAGAAGGGCCCCAGUGCCCCACAGACCUCCAGCUAUCCCUUCGUCCAUGCCUAUCUGUCAUUCUCUUCCUGCAAAAAGAUUAUGGAGGGGAAGAGAGCCAUGAGCAGCAGCUGAGGCGACCUCCAUGGCGUUACCACCACACAGAGGAAGUAAAAGGCUUAGCAUUUUCCCCAGCAAAGCAAGAUUUUUUCAUGCUAGCCCCUGGCACACCACUUUGGGCUCUGCGGAAAGUACAUUAUGGAAAGGAGAUUGUACGAUUCACAAUAUAUUGUCGAUAUGAGACCUACAGUGAUCAGGUGCGGCUCUACAGACUGCUACUUCGUCGCCCUUUAGAACAGAGGAACCGGCUUUAUAGCUUCUGUGUGGUAUACUCCAACAACUAUAUGGAGAUUCAGCUAUCGGUUAAGCAAUUACCAAGAGGUCAGGAUCCUACCCCCACAGAAUGCACUCUUAUGGAGAUACGUGUGAGAAAUAUGGGAGGGCUCAUACCACUUCUGCCCCAUCCCUGUAGACCAAUCAGUGACAUACGUUGGCAAACCAAGGAUUACGAUGGGAAUAAGAUAUUGCUGCAGGUACAGAGUUCAAAGGAAACCACGCUAUCCUCUUCAUCCUCAGAGACUCCCUCUGUUGCACCAUCAAAUGGUUAUGGCCCUGAAGUCUGUCAGAAGUGUUGCUGCAGAAGUCCAUCACACUCUCAUACUCAGAAUGCACUCAUGCAGUCUUCUCAGAUUCCCCUAGCAAUGCAGUAUAAACAGGAAGACAUAAAAUGUAUUCAGUGUAGCCAGGAAAUUGUGUGUGCUGGAUGGACAGAUGUCCACACUCACUCCCUAAUCUCAAUGGCAACAGAAGCAUUUCAUUCCGUAAGCACCUAUCCUUCCACCUCCCAUCCAUGCAGGUCCUUCUCUCUCACAAUGCCAAGGUUCCGAAUAAAUGUAGACACAUUAGUGGGAGCCGAAGAGACGGAUGUAGACACUGGUCAAGCAGUAAUUAGCAGAUCUAUAGAUCUUUCAGUGGUCUCAGCUUAUAUGCUCCCACAGAGACAAAUUCUUUCAAAAGCUAGAGUCUCACAGCCUCUAUCAGAGCCUCCAAAAUUGUACAGCAUCACAUCAUCUCUAAACCCCUCAAAUAAAAUGACAUCACUUAAAAACAGUGUGCGCACCCUUCAGGCCAAUUUAAAAUGGAAUAGAGGGGAGAAUUGGAUGAAUGGCUCAGAAAGAAAUAAAGACAUGAAAUUGGAGGACAAACAAGAGUUCUUCAUCUGAUGUACAACCACUAGAUCACUUAAUGCUUUAUCAUAUUCGGAGUUAUAGAUCCACAGACUAAUUCACUGGAGUCAUAAAUCAUUUAAUUACAUUAUAGUUAAGUAAAAUCCAACCUAAUGCAAAUGAACAUGUGCUAAUUAAAAAAAAACUUUUGCAAGUUGCCAAAGAAAAAAAGUCAGAUUUUUACUUUUUGCUGAAAUUAUAUAUACUAAAAUAAACAGGAUACCAGGUGACCACUGGCUGAAAGUAAAAUUCCUGAUGACAAUUGAUUCUUUUAUACAAUCCUAAUCCAACAAAUGUGGUAUUGUUAUUUCUAAUCAUCUGGAGUCAUGAUUUUUUUUAUAAAUAUGUAUUUGCUACAUAUAUACAGAAUAUUGCAUAAAUAGGUAUAAAAGUUAUUUAACACUAAUGUAGUAGCCGUCACUGGCCAUGAAAAGUAUUGAAUAUUUUUUUGUCUGUAGUCAGGAAAUGAAAAAUCAUUGUCAGAAACAUUUGUUGAAAUGUUAUAAAAUUUGCUAACAUAUUUGUAUUUAUAACCAGAGGGUUUAUGAUGAUUUUCAUGUGGUGGUGAUGUAUAACAAAUAAACUAUUAUUUGGCUAAAAGAAGAAAAAACAACAACUCUGGGCUGCCAUUUUCUUUUUUGGACGUAGAAAUAAACAAGAAACAUUUGUGUCCCAGAAGGUAUUUCAUUAGAAAUCAUCUAUCAAAACUUCAGAAUAAACAAAUAAUGCACUAUUAUUUUGUCAUACUAGUAUAAUUGAAUGAUAAAACAAACUAAUACACAAACUAAUAAAUAAAUUCUAAACACAUACCACAAAUUGAACAAGUUUCAAUAUCAGUGCCAGACCUCACUAAUGCACUUCUAAAGGAAUGGUCAAAAAUUCCCCUAAACAAACUCUCCAAAGCCUUGUGGAAAGCCUUCCCAUAAGAGUUAUAGCUGUUAUAGCUGCAAAUGGUGGGCCA